GCCCCGCGCGGGAGGGGGCGCGGCCGUGACUCACCCGGCUCCCGUGCUCCCCUCCCCUGCCAUCCCGCCCAGGACUCGGGCUCCAGCGCCCGCCUCAGUCUGCAACCGCCGCCGCCGCCGCCGCCCGCUCGCCGGCGGCUCAGGUGGUUCUCGCUUCCAUGUCCUAGUGCAGGGGCCCCCGGGCCGGACUCGGCUGGGCUCCCUUCACCCUCCGCUGGAGUCAUGCGGGGAAGCCGGGCUCUGCAGGUGCUGGGUGUCCUGCUCAGCCUGGCCCGGGGCUCCGAGGUGGGCAACUCGCAGGCAGUGUGUCCUGGGACUCUGAACGGGCUGAGCGUGACUGGCGAUGCCGAGAACCAAUACCAGACACUGCACAAGCUCUAUGAGAAAUGUGAGGUGGUGAUGGGGAACCUGGAGAUUGUGCUCACCGGACACAAUGCUGAUCUCUCCUUCCUGCAGUGGAUCCGAGAAGUGACGGGCUACGUCCUCGUGGCCAUGAACGAGUUCUCUACGCUACCCUUGCCCAACCUCCGAGUGGUGCGCGGGACUCAGGUGUACGAUGGGAAGUUCGCCAUCUUUGUCAUGUUGAACUACAAUACCAACUCCAGCCACGCGCUGCGCCAGCUCCGCUUCACUCAGCUCACCGAGAUUCUGUCCGGGGGCGUUUAUAUCGAGAAGAAUGACAAGCUUUGUCACAUGGACACGAUCGACUGGAGGGACAUCGUGAGGGACCCAGGAGCUGAGAUAGUGGUGAAGGACAAUGGCCGGAGCUGUCCCCCGUGUCACGAGGUCUGCAAGGGGAGAUGCUGGGGUCCUGGACCAGAAGACUGCCAGACACUGACCAAGACCAUCUGUGCCCCUCAGUGUAACGGCCACUGCUUUGGGCCCGACCCCAACCAGUGCUGCCAUGAUGAGUGCGCCGGGGGCUGCUCAGGCCCUCAGGACACCGACUGCUUCGCCUGCCGACACUUCAAUGACAGCGGAGCCUGCGUACCCCGGUGUCCACAACCUCUCGUCUACAACAAGCUGACUUUCCAGCUAGAACCCAACCCCCAUACCAAGUACCAGUACGGAGGGGUUUGUGUGGUCAGCUGUCCUCAUAACUUUGUGGUGGAUCAAACUUCCUGCGUCAGGGCCUGUCCUCCUGACAAGAUGGAAGUGGACAAAAAUGGGCUGAAGAUAUGCGAGCCUUGUGGGGGGCUGUGCCCCAAAGCCUGCGAGGGGACGGGCGCUGGGAGUCGCUUCCAGACUGUGGACUCGAGCAACAUCGAUGGAUUUGUGAACUGCACCAAGAUCCUGGGCAACCUGGACUUUCUUAUCACCGGCCUCAACGGAGACCCCUGGCACAAGAUCCCUGCCCUGGACCCUGAGAAGCUCAACGUCUUCCGCACAGUCCGGGAGAUCACAGGCUACCUGAAUAUACAAUCCUGGCCUCCCCACAUGCACAACUUCAGCGUUUUUUCCAACCUCACGACCAUCGGGGGCAGAAGCCUCUACAACCGGGGCUUCUCUUUGUUGAUCAUGAAGAACUUGAACGUGACGUCUCUGGGCCUCCGAUCCCUGAAAGAGAUUAGUGCUGGGCGUAUCUAUAUAAGUGCCAACCGGCAGCUGUGCUACCACCAUUCUCUGAACUGGACCCGGCUGCUCCGGGGGCCUGCGGAAGAGAGACUGGACAUCAAGCAUAAUCGGCCGCGCAGGGAGUGUGUGGCGGAGGGCAAAGUGUGUGACCCGCUGUGCUCCCCCGGGGGAUGCUGGGGCCCAGGCCCGGGUCAGUGCCUCUCCUGUCGGAACUACAGCCGCGGAGGUGUCUGUGUGACCCACUGCAACUUUCUGAACGGGGAGCCUCGAGAGUUUGCUCAUGAGGACGAAUGUUUCUCCUGCCACCCGGAAUGCCAGCCCAUGGAAGGCACUGCCACGUGCAAUGGCUCGGGCUCCGAUGCUUGUGCCCAGUGUGCCCAUUUUCGAGAUGGGCCCCACUGUGUGAGCAGCUGCCCCAAUGGAGUUCUAGGUGCCAAGGGCCCGAUCUACAAGUACCCGGAUGUUCACAAUGAAUGUCGGCCGUGCCACGAGAACUGCACCCAGGGGUGUAAGGGACCAGAACUACAAGACUGUUUAGGCCAAACACUGGUGCUGAUCAGCAAAACCCAUCUGGCAAUGGCUGUGACAGUAGGAUUGGCAGUGAUCUUCCUGAUUCUGGGGGGCACAUUUCUCUACUGGCGUGGGCGCCGGAUUCAGAAUAAAAGGGCUAUGAGGCGCUACCUGGAACGUGGUGAGAGCUUAGAGCCUCUGGAUCCCAGCGAGAAGGCUAACAAAGUCUUGGCCAGAAUCUUCAAAGAGACAGAGCUGAGGAAGCUUAAAGUGCUUGGUUCCGGCGUCUUUGGAACUGUGCACAAAGGUGUGUGGAUCCCCGAGGGUGAAUCCAUCAAGAUUCCAGUGUGCAUUAAAGUCAUCGAAGACAAGAGUGGACGGCAAAGUUUUCAGGCCGUGACGGAUCACAUGCUGGCCAUCGGCAGCCUGGACCACGCCCACAUCGUACGGCUGCUGGGACUGUGCCCAGGGUCAUCGCUGCAGCUCGUCACUCAAUACCUGCCUCUGGGUUCCCUGCUGGAUCAUGUGAGGCAGCAGCGGGAGUCGCUGGGGCCACAGCUGCUGCUCAACUGGGGCGUACAAAUCGCUAAGGGCAUGUACUAUCUUGAGGAGCACGGUAUGGUGCACAGGAACCUGGCUGCCCGCAACGUGCUGCUGAAGUCAGCCAGUCAGGUUCAGGUGGCAGAUUUUGGUGUGGCUGACCUGCUGCCCCCAGAUGAUAAGCAGCUCCUCCACAGUGAAGCCAAGACUCCAAUUAAGUGGAUGGCUCUUGAGAGUAUCCACUUUGGGAAAUACACACACCAGAGUGACGUCUGGAGCUACGGUGUGACAGUUUGGGAGCUGAUGACCUUCGGUGCAGAGCCCUAUGCAGGGCUGCGAUUAGCAGAAGUACCAGACCUGUUGGAGAAGGGGGAACGGUUGGCACAGCCCCAGAUCUGCACCAUUGAUGUCUACAUGGUCAUGGUCAAGUGUUGGAUGAUUGAUGAGAACAUUCGCCCAACCUUUAAAGAACUAGCCAAUGAGUUCACCAGGAUGGCCCGAGAUCCACCACGGUAUCUAGUCAUAAAGAGGGAGAGUGGGCCUGGAGUACCUCCUGGGGCAGAGCCCUCUGCUCUGACAAACAAGGAACUGGAGGAAGUAGAGCUGGAGCCAGAACUUGACCUAGACCUAGACUUGGAGGCAGAAGAGGACACCCUGGCAACCACACUGGGCUCUGCUCUCAGCCUACCAGUUGGAACUCUUACUCGACCACGGGGGAGCCAGAGCCUGUUAAGUCCAUCAUCUGGAUACAUGCCCAUGAACCAGAGUGUUCUUGGAGAGGCCUGCCAGGAGUCUGCAGUUUGUGGGGGCAGUGAACGAUGCCCUCGUCCGGUCUCUCUGCACCCAGUGCCACGGGGCCGCCUGACCUCCGAAUCGUCAGAAGGUCACGUGACAGGCUCUGAGGCUGAGCUCCCGGAGAAGGUGUCGGUGUGCAGGAGCCGCAGCCGCAGCCGCAGCCCACGGCCAAGGGGAGAUAGUGCCUACCAUUCCCAGCGCCAUAGCCUGCUUACGCCCGUCACCCCUCUUGCCCCGCCAGGAUUGGAAGAAGAGGAUGUCAACGGUUAUGUCAUGCCAGAUACACACCUCAAAGGUACUCCUUCUUCCCGAGAAGGUACUCUUUCCUCAGUGGGUCUCAGCUCUGUCCUGGGUACUGAAGAGGAAGAUGAAGAUGAGGAGUAUGAAUACAUGAACCGUCGGAGAAGGCCCAGCCCAUCUCAUCCCCCUCGGCCCGGCUCCCUUGAGGAGCUGGGCUAUGAGUACAUGGACGUGGGGUCAGACCUCAGUGCCUCCCUGGGCAGCACGCAGAGUUGUCCUCUCAACCCUGUGCCCGUCAUAUCCACUGCUGGCACGACACCAGAUGAGGACUAUGAGUAUAUGAAUCGGCGACGCGGUGCAGGUGGCCCGGGAGGGGAUUACACAGCCAUGGGGGCCUGCCCAGCAGCUGAGCAAGGGUAUGAAGAGAUGCGAGCUUUCCAGGGGCCUGGUCCGCAUGCCCCUAGUGUCCGCUACGCCCGCCUCAAAACCCUCCGCAGUUUAGAAGCCACCGACUCCGCCUUUGACAACCCUGAUUACUGGCAUAGCAGGCUUUUCCCCAAGGCUAACGCCCAGAGAACAUAGCCUCGACUCCUUGAGACACUCGGGGAGCGUCUGAUGGCAGCUAGUGCCUCUAGAGGGUACCCCUCAUCUCCCUACUCCCCCCUCCACAGGUGUCAGCCCCAUUUCUCUAGUCCUAGACAAUUCCAUUCAACCUUUGGAGGCUUUGAAUCCCUUUGACACAAACUUCUUAUGGUUUGUAGCCAACUGUGCACUUUGUUCUCCUUCCCAGCCCCAGGAAGGAGAAGGUUUUCCUACUUUGUGUGCUUUCCCAGGACUCCCUGGAGACAUGAAGGAUUACUCCCCACAUCCCUGUAGCUCAGGCCCCACCUGUUAGUAUGAGGCCCGGAUAUGUGCCUGUUUCAGAGUGUCCUAAGAACACAGGGGCAGAUCUGGCAGAAGAAAGCAAAAACUGGGUACUUUUAACCCCCUGCAAAGGUUGCAGAGCUUAAAGUUCUGUAAAGAGCAGUUAGGAACAGACUAUUACUCUCGGCUCUUCACUGCGGGCCAGGCAGCAAGCGAAACUUUACCUACAUUAUCUCCCUUAAUCCUUUAUACUCCUUACAAUUGUGUGACAGAGAGAUGACCCUGUUUUACACCUAAGUAGUCCCCCCUCCCCCAUCCUCAGGGGAUAAUGUUCCAAGACACCCAGUGAAACCACAGAUAGCACCAAAUGCUGUACUUAAUGCCCUUCCUCCUGAACUCCAUGCACUACGGCCAUAACUUGUGCAUUCCGUGGUGCAACAAGAAAAGUAGCACAGAAUUCCAUGGAUAAAGGAAUCGUCUGCACUGGAGAUCCGGCGACUUCUGCGUACACUUUUGGCUCCUUUACUUACGAAGACGUUCACCUUUUCACUUAACGGAAGCACUUCUCUUUGGUCGAUGUGAAUUGCCUGCAUCACCAUUAAACAAGUAAGGGUUCCUAGAACACAGCCACUUUUGGAUACCACAACAGGAGAUCUGAUAAGCGAGAGUGCUACCGAGGGACUAAGGGCAGUGAGGGACGACUACACUGGACAGAGGAAGAGCAGGAUGGUGCUAAGAUUUCAUCAUGCUACUCAGACUUAUCAAUUGUUGAUUUUCCAUGUAAUUGUUUUGGACUGCAGUUAACCACAGGUAACAAGCUGUGGAAAGACAGCAGAUCAGGGGGACUGAGCCUUAAAGACUGGGUAAAUUAAGCAACAGGUCCAGGUUUCAAAAUCUUCCCAACAGAAUGCACGUGUUCUUACUGUAAGCUGUCAUGGAAAACAGAUAAGUCAGAGAGCCCUUGUAAGGUGCAUUUUACUUGUGUGUGUGUGUUUUUUUUUUUUCUUUGCACUGAAUCAAGUUUAACCCUCCUCUACACCCAGACUUCUCAUCUCAGGAAGUGGUGGGGGUGAGGGGGUAGGAAGGAAAAAUAACUGGAUGUUUUUGCAUAAACCGUAACUCUCGUGAUCACUCCUAAGGGCAGACUCACAAAGGUCCCCAGGCCCACCUGUAGGAGCUGUUCUCCUCCAGUGGUGAGACGCUUCCAGGUGGGAGAGACAGGACCCUGCUUUAGACCUCCAUCCCCUUGGGAGGGGAACUGGGGCAAAUGUCUGUUAUAUCAUUGAAGUGUUUUGUUGUUUUUAUACAUGUCUGAAUAAAAAUGCCAAAGUUUUUUUCA